AUGACUCCGCUAAAAGCGCACAUAUUCGACGAGGCGCACCUGCCGCGAGGGCCGGCGAACUACGCGCCGCUAACCCCGCUGACCUUCCUCGAAAGGGCGGCGCGGGUCCAUCCCGACUCGCCGUCCGUGAUCUACGGCCGGCGGCGCUUCACGUGGGCGCAAACCUUCCUCCGCUGCUGCCAGCUCGCGGCGGCGCUGGAGCGCGCGGGCGCGCGCAGAUACGAGCGCGUGGCGGUGCUUGCGCCGAACGUGCCCGCGGCGUACGAGGCGCAGUUCGGCGUGCCGCUCGCGGGCGCCGUGCUCGUGUCCGUCAACGCGCGCCUCGACGCCGCGUCCGUCGCGCGCAUUCUCGCACACAGCGAUAGCAAGAUUCUCCUGGUGGACCAACACUUGGCGUCUCUCGCUCUCUCCGCACUCUCCCUCCUUCCCACCGCCACAUCACCCACCCACACAACCCACGUGCGUCCAAAAAUCGUGCUUAUAGCGGACGGCGAGGUGCACACAUCUGCUGACAUGGCGGAUCCGGGCGGCGAGCAGGCGGAUACAGAGGGGUUGGGAGCGGUGGGGGAGUAUGAGGAAUGGAUCGCAGCUGUACCAGCUGGUGAUGCUGGUGGUGAUGCUGCUGCUGGUGGGAGUGCUGUCGGUUCCAAUCGUGCCUUUAGUGCCGAUACUGCUUUUAGUACCGACCCCUUGACUUCACGCCCGCAAUUGCUCCCUCUCGUUGCUGACGUGGCGAAUUCCGACUGGUGGGCAUCCCACCAACCGCGGGACGAGCAGGACCCAAUAGCUCUCAACUACACGUCAGGCACCACGUCAGCACAGCCCAAGGGCGUGGUUUACUCCCACCGCGGCGCUUACUUAAACGCGCUAAGCGCCGCAAUUAUGGUACAACUGCGCACACACGCGGUUUUUCUGCUCUCCGUCCCGCUUUUCCACUGCAACGCGUGGUGCUUCUGCUGGUCGCUCCCUGCUGUCUCCGGCACGGGCGUGCUUAUAAGGAAUGUGAGUGCCCGCGAGAUUUUUGCGGCAGUGGCGGAGAGAGGGGUUGAGGUAAUGGUGGGGGUGCCGGUGGUGCUGAAUCUGAUGGUGAAUGCAGAAGAGGAGGAUAAGGCGUUGCUGGGAGCACGGGUGACAGUACUGACAGGAGGUGCCCCUCCCCCAGCCGCCAUUCUGGCCCAAAUGGAACAGAUGGGUUUCGACGUAAUCCAUUCCUAUGGCCUAACUGAAACCUACGGCCCGGCCAUGUUCUGUGACUGGAAACCCCACUGGGACUCCCUCCCCCUGCCCGACCGCGCGAGAAUCAAAUAUCGGCAGGGUGUGCGGCACACUGGACUGCAAACUGCUACAGUGGUCGAUAAUAGGACGCUCCGGCCUGUGCCUAUGGACGGCGUGACUAUAGGCGAGGUGGUGUUUCGGGGAAACACGGUCAUGCGGGGGUAUCUGCAUAGGAGGGAGGAGACAGCUGCUGCGUUUGCGGGUGGGUGGUUUCACUCGGGGGAUCUGGCCGUGGUGCAUCCAGAUGGGUAUGUGGAGAUUAUAAUAAGUAGUCCAACCCUUUGUUGGCAACACAUUGUUAUUCAUAUGAGGCUGGUUUGCACAUGUGUCAAGUUGUAUCCAUUGUUACCCCUGACACGUACGUGUUUGGACAAGUAA